GACAUCGUUUUGGAUUGAAAACCCCUCUACUCGGUGGGUUAAACCCGCCUCCGGCAUAUUGAUCUUCGUCGGAGGAUAUGGCGAUUUCAGAAGAAGAAGAAGCCAAACUCGAAAGGUUCCUAGAUUGGCUUCAGGUGAAUGGAGCUGAAUUAAGAGGCUGCAACAUCAAAUAUUCUGACUCCCGAAAAGGAUUUGGCAUAUUCGCUUCCACUGAAACUUCCGAUGAUGUUUUGCUUGUUGUUCCACUUGAUCUGGCCAUUACCCCUAUGAGAGUUCUUCAGGACCCUCUCCUGGGCCCUGAGUGCCAGAAAAUGUUCCAAGACGGACAAGUUGAUGACCGCUUUCUCAUCAUUUUAUUCCUCACUUUCGAGCUUCUUCGUAUCAAUUCUUCGUGGAAGCCGUAUCUUGAUAUGCUUCCUACUCGAUUUGGCAAUCCUCUUUGGUUUUCUGAUGAUGACAUCCUUGAGCUCAACGGGACUAACUUGUAUCACGCAACCGAGUUACAGAAGAAGAAUUUGCGGUCGCUUUACCAUGACAAGGUGGAGGUCCUGGUGAAAAAGCUUCUUAUUUUGGAUGGCGAUUCCGAAAGCAAGGUCUCCUUUGAACACUUCCUCUGGGCAAACUCUGUAUUCUGGAGUCGCGCCUUGAAUAUUCCUCUUCCACAUUCUUUCGUGUUUCCACAAAGCCAGGAUGAUAUCGGGGAAUGCCCAUCAACAAGUCAUUCACCGGAAACGGCUCCAGUUAAUUCUAAUGAGGAAAAAGAAAUUCAGGCUCAACCUGGUGCGACAUCUGUAGGAUCCGGAGAUACAAUAUGGGUUGAGGGGCUUGUUCCUGGCAUUGACUUUUGCAACCAUGAUUUGAAACCUAUGGCGACUUGGGAAGUUGAUGGGACCGGAUCAGUGUCUAGGGUUCCUUUCUCCAUGUACCUUCUCUCCGUUUCUCAACGUCCUAUCCCAAACAAGGAGAUCUCGAUCAGUUAUGGUAACAAAGGAAAUGAGGAGCUUCUUUACCUGUAUGGGUUUGUGAUAGAUAACAAUCCAGAUGAUUAUCUCAUGGUACAUUAUCCUGUUGAGGCGAUUCCGAGUAUCCCAUUUUCUGAUUCCAAGGGGCAGCUGCUUGAAGCUCAGAAUGCUCAACUCCGGUGUCUCUUACCAAAAUUGGUCCUAAAUCAUGGGUUUUUCCCACAAAUCACAUCAACAAUUAGAGAAAGUGAUGAGAAAGAAACAGUGAGAUCCUGUAAUUUCAGUUGGUCUGGGCAGCGUAAGAUGCCCUCAUAUAUGAAUAAACUAGUUUUCCGAGAAGAUUUUAUGACUGGCUUAAGGACCAUUGCCAUGCAAGAAGAAGAGAUUUACAAGGUCUCAGCUAUGCUUGAAGAGCUUGUAGAGUCAAGACCAGGCGAGCAACCUUCUGAAACUGAGGUCAGGAUGGCGGUAUGGGAAGCAUGCGGGGAUUCUGGAGCUUUGCAGUUACUUGUGGAUCUCCUUAAUGCAAAGAUGAUGAAGCUGGAAGAGAAUUCUGGCACUGAAGAACAAGAUGCUAGGCUCCUUGAGGAGGCGUGCGUCUUAGAGAGCCAUGAAGAAGCGAGGGACUUGGAUGGGAGAAGGAUGAGCAGAAACAAGUGGUCAAGUGUAGUGUACCGUAGAGGACAGAAACAGCUCACAAGACUGUUCUUGAAGGAGGCAGAGUAUGCCCUUCACUUAGCUCUCUCCUCUGACUAUUGACUAUAUAGCGGUGUUUUGUUGUAGAUUCCCUUGUUUUAAACAUAAUAUCUAUUUCAAAUGCUAAAUAAGUAAUUAUGGUAUAA